AUGAGUUCAAGGUACCAUAAACAAGAUCAGAAAUUUGACAAGGAGUUUCUGGCCAUAGUGGAUGCUUUUGGAGGCAAGAAUUGCACAAGCUGGACUUAGGUAGCAAGGAAAUUUGAAUUGCAAACAGGGGAAAAAGUAUAGAAAGCCAAUACACUUCGAUAUCGUUGGGAAUAAUUAACAGGAUAUUCAGAGAAUUUUACAAAAGAAUAACAAAUCUAACUGAUAGAAAGUGACAUCAAAUCUAGAGGAGUCAAAAGAUAGGGGUUAAACGAUUUCUAUUAAUUAACAGGAAUUAAAUUAUACAAGGGAAGAUUUUGUAGAAUAUCUUCACAACACAUAAAACAAGCAAUUCAAUCGAUUGAUGAAGUAUUUGCAAAGGAGAGGAAACAUAGGAGAUGUGGAAAAAAAGAUGCAGAGUUCAGAUUAAAAUUAUCACAUUUGAGCAUAUAUAUAUUGCUUAGAGCAAAAGACACUUUGAAUUCUGAGGGAUUUAAACAGAAGAAUAAAGGAUUGGAUCCAUUUGAACAAUAUCUUUGUUAAUAAUUAAUAGAAGCAUCAGAGAUAUGUGAAAGAUUAUAUCUAAUGCAUGCUCGAGUAUUUUAAGCGGACAGAGUGGAUAGAUAUCAAUCGUACAUGAAAGUAAUCAACAGAAACUAAUACAGGAAGUUGAUGUUUUAUGUAGAAUAUUUGGAUAUACUCAGAAAAAUCAGUGUGGAACAAUGUACUAAUGAUACAAUGGUAUCUCAUCCUUUGGUGCUCAGAAACAUUAAAAAGAACAAGGAAACAUUAGUAUAUAAGAAUCUGAUCUUGGAGAAUGAUUGGAGCUAAAAAUAUUAAUGGUUUAAUGAAUGCACAUUAACAUAAAUCUAAGAAGAGGAGUUUUCCUUAUUGCUUAAAUCAAGCACUAGAAAAUCAAAACCAAAGAGUUCAUAAUGUAGUGUUGAUCCUUCAGAAGUAGAUGAUUAAAGAUAAAAUAAAAGGAUUGAACUCAAUAAUCUACAAUUCGAUUUCAUCCCUAAGCAUUGCUAAAAGGUUUAUGCCAAAAUCAAUUCUGGUAAAGCUAAUAACAAGAAUGAGAAGGAAUACAGGAAAUUCAGAGGACAUUUUAUCAAACCUGGAGAUACCAGAACAGAUACAAGAUACACCAAGAUUUUCACCUGUGAUGAUGAUUCUGAGUACGAUGCUGAUCAGAAUGAACAAGAGGCUUAGAUUCAAGCUUCUUCUAGGUAAGAAAAGUUAUAAAUAUUGUACAAUGAAGCCUUCAUAUCAGUGCCAAAUAAGAAGAAAUAAAAUUAGAAUUCCCAAGACACACCUCAGAAUAAUCCUUGA